AUGCCUGGUCCCCAGGCUCCGAGAGCACCCCCAGGGAAAAGCCGUGAUGGGGUCCCCGCUGCAAAAAGCAUGCUCGGGAGCCUGGCCCAGCACUGCCCCUCAGUGCCAGCAACUGGACUGGGCAAGAUUUUCAGCAAGGCAUGGCUACCCGCCAGGAAAGGCCUGGCGUCCGCCAUGUCCCUCCAGCAGCUGGACCUGCCCACCCAGCAGAGAGAGUCUAUCCUCCAGAGCCCCGUGGUGCUGAUUCAGGGCCCCAAGACCAAGGAGAGGCACUUCUUCCUCUUCAGGGACUGGCUGGUCGUCGCCAAGCAGAGGUCUUCCAUGAGCUACAGAUUCGAACAGAAGCUGCCGCUGUCUGAGCUGGCGGUGGUCUCCUGUGACAGCGAGGAAGAGCUGGACAAAGAUGAGGCUGCCCGCCUCACCCCCAGGGGAGGAAACACCAUCUUCUUUACGAUGGCCUCAAAGCCUUGUGUCACUGAGUUUCCUUCACGGGAGGUAAAAGAAGUCUGGCUGGAGGCCCUCCGAGGACAGAGCCAAGGCCACACAGGAACAAAAUUCACCACUGAAGCGUCAGCCCGAACUCCAGUGAGGCUGACGGGCAGCUGCCAUGCUUCAAAAACCCUAAAUGCCUGUGAUAUGGAGACAUUAAUUGAAUGUCAAUCAGAGGGUAAUAUCAAGGAACAUCCUCUAUUGGCAUCAUGUGAGAGUGAAGAUAAUAUCUGCCAGCUAAUUGAAAUCAAGAAGAGAAAGAAGGUGUCUAACUGGCUCUUUCUCAUGAGGAGGCUUUCUUCUUCAUCAGAUGUUUCUGCAGCUUCGGAGCCAGAGUUGAAGACGUCCCUUUUCGAGCAGCCCUUGUCAGCCAUCUGCAGUGACAACACGCUCCCGGGGCCCAUUCAGGAUAUUCUCACUAUUCUAUGCCUUAAAGGCCCUUCCACUGAGGGAAUAUUCAGGAAAGCAGCCAAUGAGAAAGCCCGAAAGGAGUUGAAGGAGGAGCUCAACUCUGGAAGCGUGGUGGACCUGAAAAGCCUCCCUGUGCACCUCCUGGCCGUGGUCCUCAAGGACUUCCUCAGAAGUAUUCCACUGAAGCUCCUGUCCUGUGACCUGUUUGAGGAGUGGAUGGACGCCCUGGCCAAGCCGAGCGAGGAGGACCGGAUCGAGGCGCUGAAACAGGUUGCAGACAAGCUCCCGCGGCCCAACCACCUGCUGCUCAAGCACCUGGUAUCCGUGCUCCACGUGAUCAGCAAGAACUCUGAGGUCAACCGGAUGGACGCCAGCAAUCUCGCCAUCUGCAUCGGGCCCAACGUGCUGAGCCCAGAACACGAGCACAGCCUAUCGCUGGAAGCCCGGAGAGACCUGAACGAUAAGGUUAAGACACUGGUGGAAUUCCUCAUCGAUAACUGCUUUGAAAUAUUUGGGGAAGACUUUCCAGCACAUUCCAGAAUUGCUUCUGAUGACUCCCUGGAACACACGGACAGUUCAGACAUGUCGACCCUGCAGAACGACUCGGCCUACGACAGCAACGACCCUGACCAUGACGUGGAGCCUGCGGGCUCCCCAAGCUCGCAGCCCCCAGGGCCCCCGGAGCUGGCUGCUGGCUGCUCGGAGCCCAGAGCCCCGCUGCGCCCUUGGGAGCCCGUGGUCAGCACCACGGCCAGACUGAAGGGCUUCCUCGGGCAAGCAGACAGGAGGUACUCGGACCCCAGCGCCGCAUCCUCCCCGGAGUGCCUCGAUGUCAGAAGAGCAAACCCGAAACUCACGCGAAGCGAGGACGACUUCACCUCGGUGGCCCGCACAACCUCCCGCUUUGCCGGCGAGGAAGCCGAGGACCCAUUUCCCGAGGAGGUGUUUCCUGCAGCCGAAGGCCGGGAGCAGAGGCCCCGGGACCUGGGGGAGCGGAGCCCAACUCAGGACUCGGGGUCACCGUGCGCACGGGUCCCCAAAGCCGCCUCCAGUGGCUCCCUGGACACUUUCUCCGACAGCUCGCCCCUGGCCUCUCCUUCCAGCCCCAAAAGAAACUUCUUCACCCGACACCAGUCUUUCACCAAGGCUGAGAAAAGCAAGCCCAACCGAGAAAUUAAAAAGCACUCCAUGUCAUUCUCCUUCGCCUCCCACCAAAGAGUGCUGACCAAGACGCGCAGCUUUGGAGCCGCGAAGCCCAAGGGCUGCCCCCGAGACCCAGAGAAGAGAGGUUCCAAGAAAGAAAGCCAGCUCGCCGGCCGGAUCGUCCAGGAAAGCUCGUCGGAUGCCCCCGGCCGAGCCGCGCUGGGCUUUAACUCGGGGGCCUACACCCUCUCGGUGGAGGAUGUGUUCCAGCUGGUGGAUCAGAGGCACCCUGGCCGCCCCCCGUCUUACGAGGAGGCCGUGCGGCUCCAGGCGCUGGAGCUCGCCCCGCGUGGGGGCCAGACGGUGGGCAGCCUGCGGGCCCGCGUGCUGAGCCUGGACGCGGGGCUGCUGCCUCCGCUCCCCGCCCGCACCCACGGGGACUCGAGAAACAGCCGCGGGCCGGAGCCCCUGGACAGGCUCCGAUGGGGGCCAGAGACCGAGCCCUGGAGGCAGAGCUGGACUGACUGCGCCCCUGGGGCCGCGGCAGGACAGGUGACGGUCCCCGGGACACCAGAGCUGCAGCGGCUGAGAAGCGCCUCCGAGUCGCAGCAGAAGGGCAGGCAGGCCCUGCUGGCCCGGCGGUGUAGCCAGCCCGUGUUUGACGCUGAGCAGCUCCGAUUUGCCAAGGAAUCCUACAUCUAG